AUGAUGUAUCAAUCAGUUGAAUAUAAUAGGAAGAGAGUUAGAUCAAUUGAUAGAGAAAGAGAAAAAGAGUUGGAUUAUUAUAAUUAUACUGCUAAUAAUAAUAGUAGUAGUACAUAUUAUAAUAAUAGUAAUAGUAAUAGAAAAUGGGGAAAUAACUUUUCUUCUUCUUCCUACUCUUCUUCUUACUACAAUAACAGCAACAGCAGCAACAACAACAACAAUAGUUAUGGUAAUUCCUAUUACAAUUCUUCCUACUAUAGUGGUGGUGGUGGUGGUAGUAAUAGUAACAAUAACAACAACAAUAACAGUCACAGUACAAGUAGCAUUACUAGUAAUAAAGAUUAUAAAGAUUCAUCAUAUGUAAAUUACAGUGGGAACUCAACAUAUCAAAGUAGUAGCAGCAGUAGUAGUGGAUACUACCAAAGUCAGAGAUACUAUAAUGUCGGCGGCGGCGGCAGCAGCAGGGGUGACGAUUGUAAUAGUAAUAGGGAAUACAUAGGGGGGAACAACACAACCAACUACAGUAGUAGAGAUGACUACCGUAGUAAUAGUAACUACAACAGCAACAACAAUAAUAACAGAGAUUACGGUAAUACCAGUAGCAACAACAGCAGCAGAGAUAAAUAUAUAAAUUGUAAAAAUGAAUAUUAUUAUAGCAACAACAAUAAAGAUGACUAUAGCAGUAAUAGUCAUAGCAUUAACAGUCACAGAGAUCAUGAAUAUAACAACAUCAGAGAUUACAAUAGAGAUUAUUAUAAUACCAAUAAUUAUAAUUCUUCAUAUUACAACAACAACAACAAUAAUAAUAAUAAUGAAGAUAGAGGAGCUUAUAGAUAUAAUACUAAUAAUAAUAAUAAUAAUAAUAAUAAUAAUAACAAUAAUAAUAGUAGUAAUAAUAAUGGUUAUAAAAGUGAAACAAAUCAUCAUUUUUAUCAUUCAGAUGACUAUAAAGCAGCAUCACAAUCAGAUAAUAGACGUUCAUAUCAUGAUGAUCAAAUUACAAAGUCUAAAUCAGCACCACCACAACAACCGGCAUGGGAUGAUGAGAAUAAUUAUUAUAAAGCACAACUUGGUGAAUACCUACAUGAUAGAUAUAAAGUAGUAAGAGUAGUAGGAACAGGUACUUUCAGUACAGUAGUUGAAUGCUUUGACUCUAAUUCAGAUGUAUACGUUGCUAUAAAGAUAGUUAGAGCAGUAAAGAAAUACAGUGAAGAUGCUAUGGUGGAAAUUGAUAUUUUGGAUUCACUAGAGAGAAAUGGUGUAACAAAUCAGAAAUACAAUGCAUAA